GUGACAGUGAUUGAUCCCUUUAAGAACAACGCUCCAGUCUGAUGGUCACCGCUCCCUUUAAGGAAACUUGUUUGGUAUUAGUUUCCGCCAUUUUGGCUCGGAAAUGCGUCACGAAAGUGCAAAGCAGUGGCACUUUGACACAAAAUGGCUCACACGUGACUCAGUUUCCAAAACGGAACGAAAGUCCAUCAACCGGAGCUAUCGAAACCGAAGCGCUGUCGCCUGCUUCCUCGUGACCGAAAACAUCAUAAGCUGUUCAUGUCAUUUAUCUAACAGGCUCUAUAAAGGAAUGAAAGUAUGGAAUUAACGCACAUACCCUACGCGAAGCUCAGAGAUGGACGCUGCUGAUAGAAACCGCGAGUACUUCGGGGAAACACUAAAGCGCAAAUAACUCAAGCAGCAAUGACUUCCUUCUCAGCCCAGCUGGAGGAGCUCAGGAGCAGGGCACAGGACACCCUAUCCACCGGUGGAUCUGCGCAGGACGUGAAACCCAUCGUCCAGGCCAUGGCCAGCGUUCCGCUGCCGCUCUGUGCCAAGUACUGCCACAUUCGUGCUGAGAGCAUGGUGAAGGAGAACAGCACCGGGAACACCAGGGAGGAGAGCUUUACAUCCCUGCAGAAACUCUUCACGGCUUUGAGUAUCCUGGAGAAAUAUGGCCUCAAUCUGACCAGUUCCAACAAGCCACGAUACUGGCGCAGUGUCAAGCACAACAACCCCGUGUUCAAGGCCACGGUUGACUCUGUGAAGGGCGGCAGGGAGGUGUUGUGUCUUUAUGGAUACUCCAAUCAACAGCCUGAUGGCCUCUGCUUCCCUGAUGAUGUCAUGGAUCCCGAUGUUGAGGGGGUCGCUGCCGUCACUCUGGAGAUCAUGACCCUACGCAUGGAAAUAGACAUGUUUAUCAAGGGUUCUCACCCCAGGCCAGAAAUCUUUGAGAAUAUCCUUCCUUCCCUGAAAGAGCUGGAGGGAGAUUCUGAGCUUGUCUCAGAUGCACAGGUCAUUCCUAAGAGCGGGGGAGUUCCAGAGGUUGAGGCUCAGCCCCUAUCCUCCUCCAUCCCUCUCAAACAAGCACCCAGUCCAGAGACGACCCCAACUACUCCAGCCCCCAAGGCAGAGACUGGGAAAUGUAAGAUGUGCGGCGGCAGUCCUUUCCUGCUGUGUGCCACGUGCGGUAUUUUCUGUGAGUCAUGUGACCUGGUCUACCACCGGCACCCCGACAGAGCCAGUCACACGCGAGAGCGCUUGCAGCCCCCCGUACUUGAUAACUGCACCAUCUGUGGAAUCUUCCCUGUCUUUGCUCACUGUCCCACAUGCGUGCAGCGGUUGUGUGGGGAGUGUGACAAGCUGUACCAUUCGCACCCAGAGCGCAGAGGUCAUGACAGAAUCACGGUUACUCCUGCCAGGGUACAGAGGACCACUAGACCCUCAGUCUCCUCCUGGGAGUGUUCUUACUGCACCACUGUGAAUGGGGUCCAGGCGGUGCUCUGCGAGACCUGUGACCGUCCCCGACUGGCUGGUACCACCCCUCCCGUCCCAGAGGAGUCCCUGCAGCUUUCCACAGUGGCAGAGUGGCAGUGCAAAAGCUGCACGGUGAUGAACGCCGGCCUCAGCGUCCUGUGUGAGGUGUGCGAGCGCCCCCGUCUGGCCACGCGGCCCCCAGCGACGCCAGUGCGGCCUGCGCCGACAACCCCAAGCCUUCUCCAGGACUCAGGCACGCAGUGGACGUGCCAGGUUUGUACCUUCGCCAACUCCAUCCCGGCGGGAGCGUGUGAGAUGUGCAGUUCUCCGCGUGCUGACUACACUCCGAAGCCCCCUGCACCCGGGUCCCAGCGCUCAGAGAAGCCUUUUAUGAAGACUCCCGUUCCAGCUGUGGAAAACCCUGACGUGAAGAGGCAGCGCUUGAUGAAGGAGGAAGGCCUCAAGCUGAUUCAGCAGAUCCGAGAAGCAGAGAAGAAAGGAGUGACUCCGGAGGAGGUAUACGCCGCACUCCAGAUUUCCAAGGGCAGCAACGUGAAGCCGUGCGACUGGCUCAAUUCGGAGCUGCCCCACCUGCUCGAUGAGAUCUGCGCUAUGGCAGCCUCCGUUCAGCUUUCUCCCAAGACCGCAUCCAACACGGAUGCGGGCGGGGUCCGGCUCCAAGAUGCGGCGAUCCCCCGGAGCGGUGUGCAGGUCUCGAGAGCCGAAGCCAAGCAGGCGUGGCUGGCUACAGGAGGAGACAUUGAGAAGGCGGUGGUUCAGGUGCUCAGGGACAGGAAGAGCAAGUUGCAGGAGCUGUUUUCCUUGGGCUUCAGGGAGGCAGAGAAGUGUGAAGAGGCUUUGCGGUUGAGUGGAGGGGAGGUUCGCGGCGCUCUCUCCAUCCUGCAGCGCCCCCAGCUGGAAGCCUUUCACAAGCGCGUCUGGAGCGAUCAGCCUGAACCUGGAAUCGACAUCCAUGACCCAGACAGACAGCGGCUUUGCCGGCGCCUGCUGGCCCUGUAUGACCUACCCAGCUGGGGGCGCUGUGAGCUGGCGCUGUCGCUGCUGCAGGAGCCCGAUGCUCAGUAUUCCCUGGAGGACGUGGUGCAGGCGGUCCGAGAGUCGCACGACCGGGACUUCAUCCGAAGGGUCCUCGCCAAGGAGUGUCCGUGCUGCCUGUGUGUCUUUCCUCACAGCAAGAUGCAGUCGCUGACUUCCUGCCAGUGCUCUGUGUGCUGCGGCUGUUUUCAGCAGCAUUUCACCAUCGCUAUUAGAGACAAGCAUAUCAGAGACAUGGUGUGUCCCGCCUGUGGGGGUCCCGACAUCAACGACCCCGACUAUCUCAACAGUUACUUCUCCACCCUGGACAUACAGCUGCGCGACUGUUUGGAGCCAGAGGUGUACGAUCUGUUCCACAAGAAGCUGACGGAACACGCGCUCAUCAAAGACCCCAAGUUCCUCUGGUGCUGCCAUUGCUCCUUUGGGUUCAUCUAUGACGGAGACCAGCUCAAAGUCACCUGCCUUCAGUGUCAGAAGAGCUUCUGCGCCAAGUGCAAGAAGCCUUGGGAAUCCCAGCAUGCUGGCUUGUCAUGCGAGCAGUUUCAGGCCUGGAAGAGAGAGAACGACCCGGAGUACCAGAAGCAGGGUCUGGCAGGUUACCUCCGUGACAACGGCAUCACUUGCCCCAACUGCAGGUUCCAGUACGCCCUCACCAAGGGAGGCUGCAUGCACUUCACGUGCUCUCAGUGCCGCUACCAGUUCUGCAGCGGCUGCAACAACCCCUUCCACACUACAUGCAAUCAGUGCAGUGUGACAGGUCUACAUGCCCACCACCCUCGAGACUGCCUCUUCUAUCUGCGGGACUGGGAGCCCAAGCAGCUACAAGCGCUGCUACAGAAGAAUGGAGUUGAGUUCAACACAGAGCCCCCCCACGGUGCACAGCCAGGCCAGUGUGGCGUGAUGGAGCAGAAGGAUGAGGGCGGCCAGCAGGUGGACCAGCCUUGUGGGAUCCAGUGUCAGGCAGGACAAGCAGGGCUCUGCGAAAAGCACUAUAAGGAGUACCUCGUCAGUCUCAUCAAUGGCCACUCCCUCGACCCAGCCCUCCUCUUCGAUCUGAACAAUCUGGUAAUCGCCUGCCGGAGAUACCAAGUGGACAGCAGGAGGUUGGACACAGAAGAUGAAACGACAUACUCUGCCAGAUUGUUGAAGAAACUUAUGGAUGAGGUGCUUCUAGGAGACAAGGUCCCACGGAAGAAAUGAGACAAAUUGGCCGAUUAUUUGUGUAUCUGCUAGAAUUUAGUUAUAAUUCCAGCUUUGCUAUAAUUAACUAUUUUUGUAACAAGUGGAGAAAUUUGCUUAAAUACAUUUAAAAUACAGAAGUGAACUUUAAAAAAAAAAAAAAAAAAAAAAAAAAAAGGCUUUUGGGGAAACUGUUGGGCAAUUCUCACUACUUCUUGUGAGCGACAUUGCAUUGGAGAAUGGAAUGCAGUUCGUUUCUCCGAGAAACUACCCAAACUGGAAGUAAAAGGCCGGAGAUACUCAUUAUUUCAUUAAUUGCUUUAAAAUUAAUUUUUUCUCAAUUAAUAGACUUAAGUGCAUGCAGGAUUAUACUUCAUUACCCACCUUGGGGAAAAAGCUCACUGACCACUUUGGGAUCAUCUUCCAUAAGGUGACACCUUUGUGCUAAGCUUUUUCUUUCUUUUGCAGUCAUUUUAUUGUACAGUUUCUCCAGAUGUUCUUUGAAUAAACAUGAUAAAUAUUUAUUAUAUUAUAAAAGCUUUCCGUGUUUUGACGUGUCUCUGUUCAAUAAUAACCAUCCUGAACGAUUCAGAAAGGACACCAAGCAAUGACUGUUGCACUAAUGAAAGAAGAGGUGUAGCGAUGCCAAAAACAAAAAGAUUGACAUCCUAGAGGGUUUUUAAAUACUCCCCGUUUGUG